CGACUGAAAAAGGUUAAACUAAAGCAAACGUUCGUUACGUUGUAGCAUGCGAACUUUCAUGCGAAAAAUCUUUGGACAAUUUUAAUGGUUUUUGGAUAGGAAUUGGGUUUUCAAAAUGUGGGCCAAUCCAUGGGGCAGUGGGCCCAUCCAGCAGGCAGCAUUUCAAGGGAUGCCCAUUGAUCAAGUUGAUUGGGCUGCACUUGCAAAGCAGUGGAUUCAACAGAGAGAAAAUGUAGCAGAGCCACCACCCUCCAUGUCGAUGAGUGCGGCUCCCCCACCUCCACCUCCCCCAGCCAAUGGGGGCACCGGAGGGGAUGAUAUGGACAUUGAAGGAGACAAUGAGAAUAAUUCUCAAGACUCUAACUCCUACGGUAAUAUGCCAGUUUAUCAGAGUCAAGAUUACAACCAGCAAGGAUGGGGAUGGACAGGGCUUCCCAACUGGAACAUGAAUAUGGCAACAGGGUGGGGGGUGAAUAUGGGGGAAGGCAAGAAUCCACAGAGUUUUGACUAUUCCCACCAGGGAAAUUUCCCACCAGCCUUUGAUUACAAUCAUGGAGGAGAUCAGUAUAAUUACCAAGGUGGUGGUGAUAAUUACAAUCAGUUCUGGGAGGGAGAUGAAGACUCCCAACACAGCAGAUCCUUCAGAAGCAACCACCAAGGAGGUCGGUACCCCACUCCCCCAGGGACCGACGAGGACAGCAGUGGAUUGGAUGCUGCUAAAAGGAAAACUCUUCCAGCAUGGAUAAGAGAAGGGUUAGAGAAAAUGGAGAGAGAAAAACAGAAGAAAAUGGAGAAAGAAAGAUUAGAAAGAGAGAAAGAGGAAGCUGAUAAACAGCGAGAGGAAAUAGAGAAGGAAGUAAUGGAAGACACGAAUGACGGACAGCCACACAUCCCAAAAAAGAGCAGAUUUGAUUCGGAUGAUGAAGGGGAUAGAGGAUCUGUAUCGCCAGCUCCUGUCAAGGACAGGUCAAGGUCACCAGAACAGGUAAAAAAGAGAAGCCCUUCCCCGCAGGCAUUUAAAUCUGAGGAAGAGAAACAGAUGGAGUUUAUGAUGAAAGUGAGAAAAAUGCUGACAGAAAUACUUUUGGAUGUGACCAACACGGAAAUUGAAAGUGUUUGCAAAGAAGUGGUCCGCAAAGAGAAAUCUAAAGCUGCCAAAGCUCCAGCAAAGCAGCUCACCAAGUCUACUGCUUUAGCAUCUUUGACUGGCUUGGGACUGGCAGGAUAUGGCAGUGACAGUGAUGAGGAGGAGGAGGAAGAAGAAGAGGAGCCAGACUCAGACGAGGAUCUCGAGGAGCGGAUCCGACAAAAGAAGGAGGCAUUUGAACGCAAAAUUAAAGAGCAGGGCAUUUAUGAUGAAGACGAAUUAGAGCCAGAAGCACCAAAAAUCUUUAAAGACCCAAUUUCGGACAAGCACAGCUACCCUUUUCAAAACAAAUAUAAUGGAAUUCCUGGACUAGAUGUGAAAUCCGAAGCUGAACACAGCACUGAAACCAAAAAUCAGUCAAAAGAUUCAAAAGUAAAGGUUGAGCGUUCAAAAGAUAAAGCUAAGAGAGUUAAGAAAAGUAGGACUUCCUCUAGUAGUAGUUCUAGUUCCACUGGGAGUUCAAGUGAUUCUGAUUCUGACAGUUCUAAUAGUUCCUCUAGUUCUUCCAGUUCUUCAAGUGACUCUGACAGUUCUGUCAGUGAGAAAAGAAAGAAAAGUAGGAAAAAGAAAAAGGGGUCUGGGGGUUCUUCAUCUAAAGUGUCAGAAAAGGGUAAGAGUCGGGAUAAGAGUAGCAGUAAGUCAGAAAAACAUAAAGACCGAGAAUCUGACUAUGUAAAGGAAAAGGAGAGGAGGAGAAGUAAGGGGGAGGAGUUAGACAGAAGUUAUAGUAGGGAUUAUGAUAGGCAGAGUAGCAGAGAAGACAAGAGUAAAAAGAGGAGAGAUUCACGCAAAGAUAGUUCUCGAGUGUCUCGUGACAGAAGUGAUAGUAGGGAUCGUGAUUCUGAAAAAAAGAAGUCAAAGAGAAGUAGAAGCAGGUCAAGGUCAAGAGAGAGGUAUAGAAAUAGGUCAAGGGAUAGAGGGAAGCAUGAUAGGAGCACUAGUAGGGAAAGGGAAAAGAGACGUAGAAGUAGGUCAAGGGAAAGGAGGAGGAGCAGAAGUAGGUCAAGGGAAAGGAGGAAUAGUAGAAGUAGGUCAAGGGAUAGGAGGAGGAGUAGAAGUAGGUCAAGGGGAAGGGAUAGUCGUAGGCGUAGUGACAAAUACCAGGAUGAUGAAAAGGAAACAUCACGUCGCUCUUUGGACUCUAAAAAUAGCAAAUCCAAGUCCAAGAAAAGGAGAAGGUCAAGGUCACAUUCAGACAGUGAGGAUCGAUUAAAGAGCAAGCACAAAAAGUCAGGAAAGAAUCGCUCAAGGAGUCCCUCUGAAGAAACCAGAUCCAGCAGUCACAAAAAGUCUGGUGGCGGUAAGAAGUCGAGACACAGGUCUAACUCCAGCUCAAGGUCCCGAUCCCCUAAACGGAAGUAAAGAGAAUAAUGAAUUCAUCCAGUUGCAGUUUCUUCAUCACAUGAUUCUUGUUAUGCAUUUUACAGAAUAGAUUUUUUUGACUUUG